AUGAAGACGGGAACAAUAUGGGGAAUAAGCCUCGGUGUGGGAAUACCAGGUGUACUUAUUUUAAUUGGUAUAAUUGGUUUAUUAAUUAAAUUUUGUAUGAAACGUUGUCGAAAAAAAGCAUGGGAUGAUAUAAGUUCAUUACCGAAACAUAUUGAAUCCUUUGAAAAUAGUUCAAAUCGUAAACAACCAAAACGUCAAUUAUCCGAACGUGAACCUCUAUAUCCAUCAGCGACAAAUAAUGUUUUAGAAGUACCAGAUGGACAUAUAGUUAUACCCAUGGAUGAGAAUGAUUUACCACCUGGACAACGUCCCAAUGAACGUACAAAACAACAUGAACAUACACUUGUUCAAAUUCAACGAGAUCGUUUAAAUCGUCUUAAAGAAGAAGAAACUCGUCUGAGACCAAUGAUACAAAUUAGUGGUGAAGAUGAUAUACAACGUGCUAUUGAUCAAGCACAAAAAGAAUUCGAUGAAUCGGUAGCUAAUGCUUCAUCAAAAAUGAAACGUCGUCGAGAAAUAUAA